AUGCGCCAUUGGGAAUUGAUGCGCGGUUAUCCCGAAAUAGAAAAGGAAACUCCUGAAGCCAUUGAGGAUUUGAUGGAAACCAUCAGCGUAAAUCUCAAAGCGCUCGAAAGAUUAGGACAGUCGAUCGAUGUGCUAGACAAGAGAGCAUCUCCAAUUCGAGCCAGAGCACUGCUAGAUACUGGCUCUAGUAUGAAUUUCAUGACUGAGAAAUUCGCAAACUCCCUCGCCGAUUGGCGGCAUGUGCCUACGGAUGACAACCCAGCGGAUCUGAUCUCCCGAGGGCAGGCUCCCAAGGAAUUCCUGCGUCCAAACAUCUGGAAACACGGACCCGAAUGGCUCAAGCAGCAGCCGGAGAACUGGCCGAUCUGGAUCCUUACACCGUCGGGGGACAUCCCGGAACAGAAAAAAACGAUCUGUCUAACGACGAAUAACAACGAUAACCCCCUCCUCCACCGAUACUCGUCCUGGACCAGACUAAUCAGAGUCGUCGCUUGGUGUCUUCGAUGGAAACAUAAACAACACCUAGCUGCCCAUCUAACAACCGACGAAUUAACCAGGGCUCACAACAGGGUGAUCAAAAUCAUACAAUCCGGUCAUUUUGCGACGGAAAUUCGGACACUACAGAAAGAUCGAAGCAGGGACGUUGGAGGAAAACUACAGCCAUUAAAUCCCUUCCUCGACGAAGAUGGGAUAUUACGAGUCGGAGGACGACUAACCAACUCUUCUAUACCCUUCAAUCAAAAACACCCCAUUAUAUUGCCCAAAGCAUCUGUUACAGAGCUCAUCAUAGACCAGGAGCAUCGGAAAAACCACCACACCGGGACACAAGCUACCCUGUACGCGGUAAGAUUGCGCUAUUGGCCGAUCGACGGUCGUAGCCAAGUGUGGCGUACCAUUAAAAGGUGCGUCCGCUGCUGCAGAGCCAACCCGCCGCCAGUGGAAUAUUUGAUGGGUGAUUUGCCAGAGGCGCGCAUUACCGAAUCGCGUCCGUUUACGAACGUCGGAAUCGACUACUGCGGCCCAUUCUACAUCAAGGAGAGGAGGGAUCGCAACCGACGUAAAAUAAAAAUAUACGCUGCCAUAUUCGUUUGUCUAGCAACCAAGGCUGUCCACAUAGAGCUAGUCAGCGAUCUAACCACCGACGCUUUCCUAGCCGCCUUACGUCGAUUCAUUUCGCGGCGAGGACAUUGCGCAACCAUCCUUACCGACAAUGGCACCAAUUUCGUCGGGGCCAACCGGGAGCUGCAAGAACUCCGGACCCUAUUGCAGUCUGACGACCACAAGGAGAGGGACAGUUCCAUCAGGGCGGCUAUCAAGUUGGCAGCGCAUCCACCAGAUCAAACAGCAGUUCUGGAGCAGAUGGCAUCGAGAGUACCUCAACGAGCUAACCCGCCGCAAUAA